AUGGUGGAAGACCAAGAUCUUAAGACACAAGAGGCUAGAGAAAACUUUAUAGCGCAAUAUAUAGAGCAGAAUAGAAUCGCAGACGAUGACAAUGAGAUCUCCCCACCCAACGAAAUUGACGUUAGUCAGCAACAAGAAGAAGAAAUUGCUGAUCUGCCACGAGAGCUAGCAACACCUGUCAGUUUAGGGAAAACAAAUAAAACAGCUCAAAACGGUGAGAAGAAGAAGAAGAAGAAAAAGAAGAAAUCUAAAACUGCAAAUUUGCCAGAAGCCGGUUCUGAAAUACCUGACGACUAUCAAGAACACAAUAAUGAAGACGUUAUUGAAAACCCAUAUGAUCCCUCAAAUCCACUUGCACAAAGAAUUGAAUACGCUCUUUGGAAAUAUCGUAAGAAUCAUAAGUUUACCGACGCCAAAAAGAAGAUAUUUGACCGCUACCUCGCCUUUGGCGGUAUCAAGACGGGACCCAAUAUGUUUUUGGGUCGUGCAACUAGUGCUGAUACUCCUGCUGAUCCUGAGGCAAACGUUGAUUGGGAAGCUGCCAAGGCAGCAACUGAUUAUGUUCCUGAUGUUGAAGAUGAAGAAGGGUUGGAAGUAAACUUUACAGAAGUUGCUCAGGUAUUCUUGGGCAACACCUUUAUUCGUGAAUCGCGUUUUACAGGUCUCUCUGACUUCAUCGAUGCUCCCAAGCUGAUCGAUGCCUUUCUAAGGUACCUGGAGAUCCGUAACGUAGCUCCCGAGUACGCAGAAGAUAUUGCCGGUGCGCGUGCUAUUUGUGCUAAAGCCAAGAUUGAGCUCCCUCUUUGUAAGCAGCUGAGCUUAAUGGUACCUGGGGGCUAUAAUAAGGCUUGUACUUCUGUUUUUGGUACAGACGAUACUCUUGCAAAUUUGGAUAUAUCGUGGAUGGAUCAAAAAGGAUUGAAUUUGUUCUCUGAUAUGUUUCCACAAGGUGAUAACAUUAGCGCUCUUGACGAAACCAAGAAAAUUGUUCGUAAACAUAUUCCAAAUCUUGAACAGGUAUCUGCUGUAGAGAGUCGGAAAGCGACCAUUGUCAAAUUUAAGGAAAUUGCUCCUUAUGAUAAGGAAAAAGCCCAGCCUGAUGAAUUGAUUCAAGUCAUAUUUGAAAAUCAAGAAGAUAACCGUGAAGAGUUUAAAGUAUAUUUUGAAAAAGAAAUCGUUGAUUAUAUGCUGGUGGGCAUGGUUGCCACAGUCGAUAUCACCAAAUUAAGCAAUGGAGAAUGGUUUCUAGACUUCAUCACCCGUAUCAACCCCACCUUCUACAUGGAAGAUGAAUGUUUGGAUGAAGACGAACGCUUCGAUUAUUAA